UAAAACUGGCAUGAAGAGACAGGCUGUUACAGAAACCUGAACAACUGGUUCACUGUGUAAACACGGCCAAAUGAAAACACACAAAAAACGCUUUAAAUGAUGCAAAAGAGGAAAAUCUCUCGGAUAAAAGCGUAACAUAUGUUUGCUGUUUUUCCUCAGUCCUCAAAAAUGGAAGCUGCAGAGUCGUCACACGCUGGUAGUGGACGGUCAGCAGCAGCUCAGUCAGUACAAAAUGAUCUCAUGGCGCCCUCUGUGGGCAUCGACAGUCUACUGCAGGAUGGCUUCACUUCACUGGACACCAGCAGCGACCGAGUUGUUCAGCCUUUCCCACGUUCUCCGAAACUACAGAGGAAGGUGGCCAAAGCUGCACAGCCCUCUCAGGAGCAGCUAUCCAGACGUAUGGAGGAGCUGCAGGCUGAGAAAUCCAAGACUGAUGCCCACAUCGAGUCUCUGAAGAAACGCAAAGCAGAUCUCUCUAGGACCACGGAGGUGAUGAAGCAGCAGGUCCGAGAGCGCUUCGAGAACAUGCGUCGCGUCCUGAAGCAGGACGAGCAGGUUGUCCUGGACUCUCUGGAGCUGGACCUGAGGCGGACCAGGACCAGGCUGGACCAGGUUUUGAAGAACUGGAAGCAGCACCUGGACCAGGUCGCAGAGAGCAUCGUCGGCACCCAGAGAGUGUUGAGCAGGAGCCCCGGAGCAGAGGAAGAUGGGAAGGGUUACUCUGAGAGUUUGAGUCCCAAGAAGCCCGACACAUCCGAGGAGGAAAUCGGACUGAAUAAAGAGAGAUUCGAGAUGCUUCUUAAAACACUCGCCUCCAUCUCCAGAAACCUGAAGGCUCAGUUACAGAGGAAGACUCUACUGUUAGACUCCACCCCUACUAUGAUUGACAGGCAGACUUGCCACGCCCAGAUCAUGGUGACCCCAGAGGGGCGGAGCUUGUCCUUCUCUGGCUCUCCUCGUUCUGCUCCAGAACAUCCUCUACAGUUUGAUAAAGUGUGCUGCGCUCUGGGCUCGUCCCCCAUCGCAGCAGGCCAGAGUUACUGGGAAGUGGACGUGCACUGCUGCUCCGCCUGGGCUGUGGGCGUGGCCUACGCCAGCCUGGAGAGGAAGGGCCGCGACAAGGGCGCCAAACUGGGCCGGAACCGCAACUCGUGGUGCAUCGAGUUCCGCAACAGGAAUCUGUCUGCUUGGCACAACGACCGGAACGUGGCGUGUCAGGGCGUCGGACAGACCCCGCUGGGAAGGGUGGGAGUGUGGGUGAACUACGAUAAAGGCCAGCUGAUGUUUUAUGAUGCGGACAACAUGGUGGUCCUGCAGAGGUUUUCGGCAGCCUUGACGCCGGUGUUCGACAGAGCUCAUCACCAGUUCACUCAGCCUCUGUAUCCGGCAGUGCGCUUCCUGAAACCACCAGAGAACCAGAUCUGGUCGAACCACCUGGAGUUCUGUCACCUCGGUUCUCCAUGAAGUGGAAAAUGAUGUGGACUAUCCAGUACCGCCUGACAGCUAAAGGAGUUAACAGACUAUUCGGGUCUCAUAUAUCAUACAUUCUUUCCUGUACUGCCAUUCCGCCACUUUAACUCCUUAUCAAAGCAACAAUGUUUUGUAUCCAUGUCUAAAUAUGAUGCGUGUUUUCCAUCCAUGUACAGUGCAAAUGUUUUAGAUGGUACUUUAGAUUUUUAUCCAUCACUCAGUACCAUCAGAGAGACAUCUGAUUGGUCCCAACUUCAUUCCACAGCAGGACAACAAGCACCGAACCGCCAGCCAGAGUCACAAAAAGCCAUCAUCAGCCAAAAGCAGAAUGUUCUGAACCCAACAGAGCCCUGAUCUCCUCAUCAUAGAGCCACUUUGGAUCAGAGACAGACUAGAUCCACUCUGAGAUUUUGUAAAUGUCCUACCUGCCAGGUAUUUUGAAAAACUCUGCGAAUUCCUAGUUCUCCGCUACAAACACAGCAGGAUACAAAUACGACA